UGCCAUGGCGUACUGGCACUUUCUCUUGGCUUUCUGUGUACUGUUGAUCUGUAGAACGCUGGGUAACAGAGAAGGUCGUGCAGUAACCGACUUCUACAAUUACCGUGAUGAGAUGGCGCAAGCUGUGUGUGUAUCCAUGGCGACUACCGGUUAUAUACUUGCCGUUCGAAGGCAGUGCGACUCCAGUCAGCCAAGCUGUGCUGACAUAUGUACCUCUUUCGGUAAGACUUGCUUUGGUGGGCAGCACGUCUAUAACAGCAGUCGUCGCCUGUCCCCAGACCCCAGAGAGGACAUAGGGACAGUGGGACUGAAGAUACACAGGUACAACGACUGCAGCACGCUCGGGUGUGGGCCCAAUUACUGCUGCUGUAGAGGUUAAGAUUGCCAUCAAGCUGGCAAGAGAAAUAACGAAGACAAUCUACAAACUCUGGGUCUAGGGUACGGUCGCGGAGAGUGCGAUAUCAUCAGUUGAUGAAAACAAAUUUUUGGAUAAAAUUAAAGUUCCUGCGUAGUCUCUGAACCUGCCCCGCGGUUUUAAAAGGUGUACAUAUAAAAUGAACAGAUAUGCCUUUCAACAUAGGUAUUAUUGAAGGUUGUUGUAUUGCGUUUUUUAAUGUCUACAAGCUCAGU